AUGGAUUUGAAACUCAGUAUUAAAGCAAUUUCUCUGUUUUUCGUGUUAGCACAUGUUACAAUUGCAGAUGCAACUAUUUUUGACGUUACAAAGUAUGGUAUAGGGCCGGGUGGAGAAAUUAGUCAGGCUCUAAUUAGUGCGUGGAAAGAAGCAUGUGUAUCGAUAAGUCCAAGCACAGUGUUGAUUCCAGCAGGGACUUAUAGUUUAGGUCCAGUUGCUCUGGAAGGUCCUUGCAAGGCUGCUAUUGGGGUCCAAGUCGAAGGCACCCUGAAGGCCCCUUCCGAUCCCAGCCUAAUCAAAACUGACGGCUGGGUUGUUUUCGAACACGUUGAUCAGCUCACCCUGUUUGGUACUGGAACAUUUGAUGGCCAGGGUGCCAGGGCUUGGAAAGAAAAUGAUUGUGCCAAAAAUCCAAAUUGCAGACAACUUCCCACUAAUAUAAAGUUCAACUACCUCAACAACGCAUUGAUCCGUGACAUAACUUCCAAGGACAGCAAAGAGUUUCAUAUUACUGUUUUGGGAUGUAACAAUGUGAAUUUUGUACAUGUGACCAUUACUGCGCCCGGAGAUAGUAUCAACACGGAUGGAAUCCACAUUGGGCGUUCAACUGGGGUCAGUAUUGCUGAUGCACUCAUACAAACCGGAGAUGACUGCGUGUCCAUUGGUGAUGGGGGCCAACAGAUUCACGUCCAAAGAGUGACCUGUGGACCUGGCCAUGGCAUCAGUGUGGGAAGUCUUGGCAAGUACAGAAAUGAAGAACCGGUGGUUGGAAUUACGGUUACGAAUUGCACCCUUAGCAACACAAUGAAUGGAGUGAGAGUAAAAACAUGGCGUGCAUCCCCUGUUGGCAGUGCCUCUGAUAUGCAUUUCGACAAUAUCGUCAUGCAAAAUGUUGGAAAUCCCAUCAUCAUUGAUCAAGAAUACUGCCCAACUGGCAAUUGCAAUAAUCAGCCUCCGUCACAAGUUAAGAUCAGCAGAGUGAGCUUCAAAAACAUUAGAGGCACUUCCUCGACACAGAUGGCUGUCAAGUUUGAUUGUAGCAAGAGUGUGCCAUGCGAAAAUGUGGAGGUAGGUGACAUUAAUUUGACAUACAAGGGUCCUCAAGGAGCUGCUACAUCCCAAUGUUCAAACGUUAGGCCAAUAACUUUUGGCGCGCUGAAUCCAAAACUGUGCAUGAUCUCUGGCGGUGCUCAAUAUUUAUAGUUGUUGUUUGGGGAGUACAUAUAAAUUUUUCCACCCUACAAAAAGCAUAUGUUGUUCAAGGAGAAUGCAUAUGUAAGUUAUUUUCGCGCCGCUUUCGUGCUUAAAUGCAUGAUAAUUGGUAGGCGAAAUUUAAAUGUAAGCGGCAAUAAAAUCAGAUUGUAUUGAUUAUAGGAGAAAUUUGAUGUACCCCAGAACUGAAAAUGCUACAUCAUUUAUAAAUGAGAAUUAUUUUGUUUUGUU